CGGAGUGGAGACACACGGGCGGCGACCUGCUCGCUGGAAAUGUGACACAAUCAAACUGGUUUUGCAGUCGUUGGAUAAAGGAAAUUAAAUGACGUCUUUUUCUCAAAUCUACAUGUAGCUAGAGACUGAUUAGGGGGCAGAAAUGUCUGCACAGCAGCACCGCUCGGUCCAACUGUCAGCCGCGUCUCUCGCUGUGGUUCUCUGUCGGGACGAGGACAGCAAAUUCAGCGCCAGCAGCACCAGCGGACAGGACGUGUUUGGGGAUUUUAAGUCGCAAAAUUUGCGCAGCUUCUGGAAUAAAAGACUCGUGAAAGCGGUGGCGGAGGUUUCCUUUCAGGGAUGGCUGGAGAACUACGUGCUCCUCGUCCAGGGCAAUGCCAAUAACCUGGAGGUGUUGAGAGAAGCGUGGAUGCGCCGUGCGCUGAGGUCACCCAAAGGAUACACCAUCAAAGCAGUGGGUGAUCUUUCCCCUGUGCAGAUGUCACCAAUAUCCCAGUCUCAGUUCAUUCCACUGUCUGAAAUAUUGUGCUCUGUCAUAUCAGACCUGAAUGCAGACCAUGUGGUUGUAAACCAAGAAGCAUUAAUCAAUCACAUGAUGAAAUCACACCCAGGAAUGACCAUUCCCACUCAAGACAUCCUGUACAAUGCUCUGGGAACUCUUAUUAAGGAGAGGAAGAUCUAUCACACUGGCGAAGGCUACUUUGUAGUGACCCCUCAAACAUACUUCAUUACCAACAACAUGGUAAAAGAGAGGAAUUGGUGGAGUGCUGGUGACAAUGACCUGCCAUCACCUCCUCCCAUAACGUACUUGGUGAGCAAUGAGAGUUGCAUGGACACCUCCAGUGAGGUGCCUGUCAUGGCCCACUGUAAGUCCUGCAGUUGCUUCACCCCUCCGUCCAUUGUACCUCCAUCUGUCCAAGACCACCAAUCCAUCAGCAUCAGUGAUUGCACUGGGAAAAGCCUCAAAUGGCCCAAAGAGCACAAGCCCUCUGUUCAGCACCAGUCCACAUCUACUGCAGCAGAUUAUCAAGCCAGUGAGGUGAGCAAAUCCACCACCACAAGCCGCAAGGAGAAGGAGAAAGCUGGACGCAAAUUUGGGCUCAGCCUCUUCAGACGAAACACAGGAAAGAAGGACAACAAGCUUAAGAAAGAAUAUGCCACAUUCUCUGCACAAUUCCCACCCGAGGAAUGGCCUGUCCGAGAUGAAGAUGACUUAAACAACCUUCCCAGGGAUCUAGAACAUGCCAUCAUAAAACGGAUCAACCCAGAUCUGACUGUGGACAAUCUAGUAAAACACACCGUUCUUAUGAAGAAGCUUGAAGAGAAAGCUGAGAAAGGCAUGGAGAAAGCUGUGGACAAGGGUAUUUCCACUGAAGCUCUAGUACCUAAGCAGAGACACCAUACGUCAAAAGCCAUGGGAAAGAAAUCAGCCCCUAGAACUACCCGCAACAAGAAAAGAGUACCUUCGUCCAAAGAGAAACAAAGGACAAAGAAUAAGACCUUGCAAUGUGCUGAAGAAUUAGAGGCAGAUGAUCAAAUUUUACCUCAUCUCAGAGGAGAAUAUGCCUUGGAUGAACCUGACAACCCUGAAGAAUGUACCCAUCUGAAUCAAAAAAGUGUCUACAAGAAACAGAUAGACAACCCAUUUCUGGGAUUGCCAGGAAGAGACAUGGAAACAAACAUCAACCAUAUGGAACAAAAAAGGAGAGAAGGCAAGAUUCCGGUUACGGGACACAGGGAAAGACCAGGACACAGGUCAAAGUCUUGGGAUCCUCAUCGGCCCAAAGCAAUCAUUGACAGUGUUGACAAAUCUCAAACAAUGAAGGAUGUACCCAGUGAACAACUCCAUGACAGAACACACACUGUGGACUCCACCCUGGAUGUACAACCAGUUCAAGAGCUUUGUGGAGGAUACAGUUCGGCCUAUCCUGAGACCAGCACACUGAGAAUAGAGGACAAAAUUAAGCUGAGAGAGAACAAAGUCCGAAGCAGAGAGUUCAGAAAUGGAAGAAUAAGAGAAUUUAAAAAGCAGGAUGUAGACCAGAGACAUGUUCCUGAGCAAAAGAACAUUGUGGAUCAUCCUACACAUUGUGAUACAACAGAAGUACUUCUCUCAUGGCCUAAACCAACAAUUCAGCGUAGACUUUCCCUUCAUCUAAUAAACAGUAAAGAUGAGUCUCAUCAUCGUCCUGAUCUACUGUCCUCACACCACCAAGUUGGCAACAUAAGUGUUCAUCAGCUCUCAGAUUGUCAAUCCUUGGACAGAAACACAAGUCACACUGAGAGUGAGGUGUAUACAGAUGAUGAACAUCGCAUCUACCAAAAGACUGACGCAGAUGAGGAUGACUGUAGCUCCGUCUGCUUGAAUGAAGAAGGUGUGCUUAACUCUGAGUUGUUACAAACUAGUAAAGCUCAUUGCAAUGAGCCUGUCUGUGUAGAUGGUGGUUGGGAUGCCCAUUUCAAGGAGGAACAUGCUCAUCACAAACCCAUCAGAACCACAUACAGGCAGCAUGAAUUCAGGUGGCAGUCUUCAGAUCACAAAGUCCUUCGUAAUGGUCCUAAAGAAGAAGUCCAUAUUCUUAGGAAAAAACAACAUGAAUGCAGUUUGGCAAAUGAUGAACAUGCUGAAACCCUCGAAAGCAGUAUUUUUGACUACUGUCAGACAAGCGAAGUGGAGUCCGAUUCAGAGACCUUACAUAAAUCUGCAGAUGAAGCAGAUGCUGGAAAAUCUAACCACUGGAUCUGUCACCCAGAUUUAAAAGAUUGUCAUCAGUGCACAAUACAAACAUCCGAGAAUACAGGCAACAUCAGUGCAAGCAUAAGUGAGCCUACAGGGGCCUGUGCAGGAGAAACUACAGAGAGUCAGAGUUACACAGCAGAUAGUGGCAUUGACUCUCCGAGGACACAUAUGAGUGUAACCUCCAAUAACUCUGCAAUACUUAAAGGACUGAAGCAUCGUGGCUUCCUGCAGAACCUUGAAAAGCUCCAGUCCAACAACAUCCACCCUCAGAGUUCACUGCUCAAGCUAACACCUGUCAUGAAUGUUUAAGCAUUAAAAUGUAGCUCAGUAUCUGGGUGUAGUUAUAUCAUGUAAAUAAAAUGUAUAUAUUCCACAACUGUAUAUACACAAACCAGGAAGUAAAUGUAGUUAGCGCUUUUUUAUACUUAUUGCUUAUACUUUAACAUUUUCACUGAUUUAUAAUAGUUUUAUUUUAUUUUCUUGUUAACAUCAUUUUGUACAUGGGUCUUUUGUUAUUUAGAGAGAACGUAUAACAAUGAGUUCUCUGUGGACACAUGAAAUAAAGCGUUGAAAUUGGCUUCAUUAU